CUCCUCUUUCUUUUUGCCCUUCACACUCAAUCUCUGUCUCUCGCUUAAACCACCAUGGCCGUCACCUUCACAGAUCUCUACACCGAAGCCGGCCUCAAGUCUCUCGAGACCUACCUCUCUGGCAAAACCUACAUCUCCGGAGAUCAGCUGACGAAGGAUGACAUCAAGGUCUACACGGCGGUGUUGGAGAAGCCAGGGAGCUCCCUCCCUAAUGUAGCCAGGUGGUACGAAAGCGUUUCGUCCCAUCUCGCCAAAAGCUUUCCCGGAAAAGCUGUUGGUGUCAAAGUUAGCAACCAAGAUGCUCCGGCUGCUUGCGCCCCUGCCGCCGCACCAAAGGCUGCAGCAGAGGAUGACGACGACCUUGAUCUCUUCGGUGAUGAAACAGAGGAUGACAAGAAGGCAGCUGAGGAGAUUCAGGCUGCCAAGAAGGCUACCACCAAGAAGAAAGAGAGUGGAAAGUCUUCUGUUCUUCUGGAUGUGAAGCCAUGGGAUGAUGAAACAGACAUGAAAAAACUUGAAGAGGCUGUUAGAAGCAUCGAAAUGGAGGGCCUCUUCUGGGGUGCAUGCAAACUGGUGCCAGUUGGUUAUGGGAUAAAGAAGCUCCAGAUCAUGCUCACCAUUGUUGAUGAUCUUGUUUCUGUGGAUACUCUCAUUGAGGAGCACCUUACUGUUCCGCCAUGCGACGAGUGGAUCCAGAGCUGUGACAUUGUUGCCUUCAACAAGAUUUAAGUAAUUCUGUUCAAUUGACUUGUAGCAUUAUGCGUGAGGCAAUUUUGUUUGUUUUGACAUUACAGUGUUUUGGCUGGAUAUGUUUUCUCUACACUUAUUUUGUUUCAAGUGGGUAAUUAUUCUAGUCCUUCAUGUUCUACUA